AGGUCUGGCAAGGGCUCACAAGACGUUUUAGAAAGUGCCAACUCGUUCUUGAGUUCGAUGGGUUGUGAGACACGUUUAUAUCGGUUGCAGACGUUUUUUGUAGAAUUUAUAAAUUCAUUUUGAGGUGGUCUUUGAAAAAUCGAGGUGAUUGCAUGAGAAAGAAUCUAAUUGUGGAGCUGUGCAAUAGGUGAUGGGUCUGAAACUGUGCUCCCACAGGCAUCAGAAUCUUAAAGUGGUCACUUUAAGAGGAUUGGGAGCUGUAUUGUUUGAAGCCGAAUCCUGUUAAAAUGCGACUAAGCUUAAAUUUGGACCAAUUUCCCAGGUUUUCACUGAAGGAGCCUCUUUGGCAGUAAUUGAGAAAUCCUGCAGUUGCUGUCAUAGUUUUCAGCUAAACCCAAGUGGAUUGCCAGACUAUUAGACUGCCUUCAAUUCGAUGAGAGGCACACUGGCUAAAGGAGAAAGAUGAUGGAGAAAGUCGUGUCCCCUUCUUCCCCGAGCACUGGAGACAAUCGCAGUCCUGUGAAGACAGAGCCAGGGCAAAUUAGUGAGUCCCCUACUAACGAGGGAGACCGAGGGGAAAUCACGACCCGAGCUCCUGACUCGACCCCCAGGGAUGCCACUCAGUCAAGCAAACAAGACGCAUCUGAACCGGUUUCCAUAGAAACCCCUUUGAGCUCCUCGGAAAACCUGCCAUUGGAGAUGCCGGUGAUUAGCCUGGGACACAGCAAGCUUCACGCAGCGACUGACAACCACCAGAUCAACGGAGGGGGCAGAAUCGUUCAGACCACAGAGCUGACAGCCUUGCAUCCAAUCCCAUCCCUCAUCCAGUGCUCCGAAAGUAGGAUGGUGCAGCUCUCAAACCACCCGGUUACCUCGCUGCCAAUUCCGAGCACUCUCCUUGCCACCCAGUACCACCCUCACCCCCUCAUCAACAGUGCAUAUAUUGGAGCUACAAGCACGUUCAGCAUGUUCCCAAAUAACAGGAUCAAGAGGAGGCCUUCAAGCCAUUACGAAAUGGAGGUGCAUGAUGGCCCCCCUCAGAAGGUCGUGCGUCGCAUGUUCACCAACAGUCGGGAGCGAUGGAGGCAGCAGAACGUCAACGGCGCCUUCUCGGACCUGCGCAAGCUAAUCCCGACCUACCCUCCCGACAAAAAACUCAGCAAGAACGAGAUCUUGCGCCUGGCCAUGAAGUACAUCAACUUCCUGGUGAAACUGCUCAAUGACCAGACCCUGCAGCAGGAGCCCGAGGAGAAGCGGUGCCCGGCCGUCAAGAAGAACGGGAUGCGCGGUGCCCUCGCUGUGGAGGCGCCGUCGCAGGGCGCGGGGACAGAGGCUGCAACCACUCCGGAAUCGUUAGCCAUUCCGCAAAAGCUGGCGCUGAUGGCGGUGCCCGCAAUGGCCCUGAGGAGGCAGCUGUCGUCCGUCACCACCACCACAUCGCCAUCGUCCAGUUGCUACGGCGACGGGGGAAGUCCAAACACCGAAGAGGAGGAUCCGGAGCACUUAAUAAAAACAGAGCCAGAAACACAGGAACCAGCUUUAGUCUCCACAGUGGCUGCAGCUCACCGAUGAUAAACAAUAAGAAUGAACCAGCGGACAAGAGAGUGAGGGAACAUUGGCUUCAGACCAUGAUACCUGCCUUUGGUUUAUUCCCACUUGUAAUGGGUUCAAAGGGCGUCCUGAAUUGAAUGAUUAACGUCAAGGUGGAGAAUUCAAGGAUAGCUUUCAUUCCUGCCCUUAUGGAACACGAGGCAUAUCAGUUAGUUCGACGCCUAUCUUUGUAAAUCCAGGGCCCUGUUCCGAGUGGACAGAGCAAGUUUGUCCGGGUUAACCCCACAGACAGGGGUUAGGGGAAGGCAGGGAAUGUUUCAAGGUGAUCGAUUCUAGACAACGCUGUCUUUUCUGUUGACUAAGUCUCUUCUGUGAAGGUGAAACCAUUCAGACAAUCAUUUGGCCAAACGUUUUAAUGUUCCGGUGUAUCUAAACAGGAAGGGAAUUUGGCGUUGCAUGAAGAGCCCUGUUGGGAACCCAAGGAGGAUAAUAGGCCAAUGCAAGUGUGAUAUUGUAUUACAAGCUACAAACGUGUGAUUGUGUGAGGGAUCUGACUGUUGGCAAACCUGCGGACUUGGCGUUCGCUUAAUCUGCCUCCGGACAUCUUAUGGCGCAGCAGGUAGUGUCUCCGCCUCUGAGUCAGAAGCUCCAGGUUCGAGUCCCAACCCAGGACUUGAUGGCCAAGGUCAGCCAUGCGAUGGAAUGAACGGUGGAGCCUCGAUCAUCACCAUCCAGGGCUCCGAGACUACAACACGCAUGUAAAAGUGCAUGUUGCCACAGCAACUCGGACUUACUGAGUGAACUGUGGCACACCCUCACCGCCAAUCCCCAUCUGCAGUGGGUUGGGCGGACAGUGGAAGAAUUCCUCCACGUGCCAUGAAAAUUCGGCCACAUGUGCUUCCUAAGUGGCCUUAGGAUUUCAUGGCCUGUGGCGCACUGAGAAAAUGAUCCCCCUCAUUCCGUUAUUGCCUCUAGUCACCUACAUGAUGCCUCAAGUUAUUUCAUCUUCGUGUGUGAGAGCCUGUCAGGAAGGCUUAGUGGGCUGGUUGACCAUGUGGGUGAACGUUAUCUUGCCGGAUGUUUCUAUGCCGACGUACUCUGCCACGGGCCUUUGAUUAUAGGCAGGCCAUAAUUCCUCAGCCUCAUCCAAGCCCAUCGAGGUUCACAGGGGCCGCCCCCAAAUAACACACUAUAUCAGCAGACCAUCACAGCAACCAAUGGCGUGAUAUGUAUUUCAAUGGCUGAAAACCCAUUAGGUGAAAAUCCAUCUGCAUUGAGUAUUCUGAGGCAGUGGCCAAGACUUUGCCCUUGCUGACCCUUGCACCAGGGUCAAGUGGACUCCCUACUGUUUGGCAAACGGUCCCCCAGCGGUGAUUUCCCCCCAUAUUGGCGCAUUAGUGGCCAGAGGAUGGGCUUGCCAAGCAAUGAAGGAUGGUGGGCAGGUUCCAGAAGCUGGAGGGCCAAGACGAGCCCCCUCCAGUUCGGGAGCAGCUCGGAUAGAGAGAAAGAGAGAGGGGUGUCUCCAUUUCGAGAUGUCCUCUCUCCCCCUAACGUUAAAUUUAGAAAUGUCCUCAACAGCCAGACCACCAUUGUGGGAGGGGGGUGGAAGGGGGAGGGAAGGACACCUGCAGGCGGCUGGCCUCGUCCCCAAACCCUUGGAGGGCCCGUAGCUGGAAAACUCCAGUCAGCCUCGGAUCAUAGGCCUUCAACCCCCCCCAUUGAUUUCCCACCUGCCGCUAGCAGGCAAGUCAGCUUUCCGAUCCCGAUCCCCGCUCUGGAAAAGAUGGGCUGGAGGCCAGGAUGGCGUUGGCAAGCUGACACACGUUUCCACAUAUCCCUCCCUCACCUCCAUAUGCGCCCUGAAGGAUUAACUUAAAAGCAACUCGCCCCACAAGCCAUCACUUGGUUGUGUUUUCUGAGCGUGAUGUUCGAACAGUGAAAAGGUAGGAAAAGGCCCUCUGGUCCGUCCAGGCUGCCCCGCACCAGUGGCUUAUCUUGUGCGUCACAAUAUAUACACUCCGCAGCCCACCUGUAAGAUGCAGGAUCUCCUGGGAGAGGUGGAAAAGCACAUAGAGAUUCAUGCCAGUUUGUGGAGGGGUGGGAAGGGGAAGGGGAGAAGGGGCAGUGGGAGAAAAGACCUUUGAAGCCAUGAUCAAUGUCAUGCCAUGCCUACUUUUGUAUGAGGCGAUCUCCAUCCUAGGAGAAACAGGUCCAACUCUUGCUUGAAGGAAUUCAGUGAGUUGAUGAGCAACUCGGUCCAUUCAGGAGAGUCCACAGGACAAACUUGACUCUUAAGCACCUCACUGAUGCCCCAUAAAAGAUUGAGGCAUACGUCUCCAAAACCAUAGCAUCCAAACACACGUUAUAUCCUCUUUUGCCAACAUCACAAUCUUUGGCAAUGAUAACCCUGCAAACACUUGGGAGCUGCUGGUGCACAUCACUUAGUAACAGGCAACAGGUAAAGCUCCCUCCUCAAACGAUGCCUGUUCUUGGCUCAUUUUAUUUUCUAAUUGGGACCUGAAGAGGUAGGUGAAUUUAGCACACUGGUCUGUAACUCUGACCUUUUACCUCCGAACUGCAUGAUGAAAUGCUGCCCAGAAUGAUGAGAUGAGUCACUUCUGUUGGUUGUAUAUGCAUCUGGUCAUAGUCCCAAAGGACCAUAGGCAUCUCUCUCGCCAUCAGAGAGACAUCGUAGAUUGAGGGGGAGGGCACUGCGCAAGCUUGUGGCAAGGCAAGGAGGCAGGGCCUCCAUGAACUACCACAACAGGUAUGGGGAUUGAACCCACGCUGUUGUCAUUAUUCUGCAUCAUCUAGCCAUCUGAGCUAACCUCGUUGGCUCUAAGAGUCCUACAUAACCAAUGGCUGGAAAGUCUCAGUCUAAUUCCUAUUGAGCAUUUGUCCACAAGUUGGACUAAGUUGGAUAUCAGCCCUAUAAGACCAUGGCUGUGGACACAGAAAAGACACAGCUGGUGGAGAUUUAGUUUCCCAUCUACAGUUAGGGUUAUCGGUGCAAAGGCUGGAGUCCUCCUGAAUUUCAAUAACUGACUUGGGAGUGGCUGGUGCCAAGACAGGAUACCUUAAAAUGGAAAUGGGUUUCAUUUCCCUUUAACUUUUCCUCACCUUGAUGACCACAAUCAUUUUGCUUUUCAGUUUACCCAAGCCACACAAAAGAUGAACACUCGUAAAUAACGAGUGUUAUUUGUGUACGUGGUUGAAUUAGAUGGAUGUCACAUUUCUGAAGAACACUAACAAAUCAGUCCACUCCUUUAAAAGGUUCAAGGCAAAUCAUGUCAUCUGAUUGGUAAUUCUUCUCUAACCUCUGACCUUCAACCUCUUUCUGCGUCACGAUCCUUCUGAUCUUUUAUUUCCUCAAUUGUUGUCACCUCCCUUCUAAAAUUCAAAUAUACCGUGUGAAAUUCUCUUUCUCCUCUUUACAUUCUCGCUGGAUUGAGAAGACGACUAAUUCACCAUCGGCCAUUCUACCCAGAAUCCUUCUCCAGGAUUCAAAGCUCUACUUUCCCUCACUGUUUCCACCCUCCUCUAUGUGCUUCCCAGCAUCACCUCAUUUACCCUCAACAGUCCUCCUCUAUAAACCAUGGCCCUAUAGCGAGGAUUAAGCACAACAUCAAAAAAAAUUCACUAUUUCCGUUUAGGCCUAGCAGGUUAAGCCUUAGGAAAGAGCUUAUUAGAAUUGUCAGUUUUCCUCAUUUAUGGACGGAGGCAGACAACUUUGUGAGGGCAACUCAUGAGUGGGUGAUGAAGUACUAACAAUACUUAUGGAAUCAUUUUUUAUUAUUCAUUCAUGGGAUAUGGGCUUCGCUGGCUGGGCCCAGCAUUUAUUGCCCAUCCCUAGUUGCCCUUGAGAAGGUGGUGGUGAGCUGCCUUCUUGAACCGCUGCAGUCCAUGUGUUG